ACUGAUGCUAUUGAGUGCAGUGGUUAAUCAAUCAUGGAUGAGAGAAAGAAGCACUUUGUACUGGUUCACGGAGCUUGCCAUGGUGCGUGGUGCUGGUAUAAGGUGGCGGCGCUGCUUAGAGCGGAGGGUCACAAAGUAAGCGCCCUCGACAUGGCGGCCUCGGGGAUUCAUCCCAAACUCGCAGAACAAGUGAGUUCCAUGGCGGAAUACAAUGAACCCUUGACGGAAUUCAUGGCUGCGUUGCCGGCGGGUGAGAAGGUGGUUCUGGUGGGCCAUAGCAUAGGUGGGGUCAACGUAUCACUUGCUAUGGAGAGUUUCCCUCACAAGAUAUCUGUUGCUGUGUUUGUCACUGCCUCCAUGUUUGGCCCUGAUCUAAGCUUUCUUGCCGUGAAACAAGAGUUCCAUCGACAACUGGAAUCUAACAUGGACCAAAAAACUGAGUACAAGGAAGACCGCCCGGUCUCCGUCCUCUUUGGUCAUGAGAUGCUAGAAAAGUUGGUAUAUCAGCUCUCUCCUCCAGAGGAUUUGACAUUGGCAAAGUUGUUGGUACGAGGUUUGCCAUUGUUUGAAGACGGAAAUGGUGAGGAGUAUGCAGUGACUAAGGAAAAGUAUGGAUCAGUUAAGCGAGCUUACGUGGUUUGUGGCAAAGAUAAGUUAUCCAAGGAGGAGUAUCAACGGUGGCUAAUCCAUAUGAAUCCCGCCGACGAGGUCUGCCUCAUCCCCGACGCCGAUCACGUGCCCAUGUUCUCCCAGCCUCACCAACUCUGCUCUUCUCUGCAACUCAUUUCCCAGAAAUAUCACCACUGUUGAUGAUGAUGAUGAUGCAUGUCCAGCAAUAAGAGGUCGUAUACACUAUAUUUAACAUUAAGUUUAUUCAUAAUAAAUAGAAUCGUAUAUAAGUUACAAGGGAAUAGGGAUAGCCCUAAGAGGACAAGCUUUAACCAAUGUAAUGCCAAACUUUUCCUCCAUGUCCAAAUCCUUGGUGCAAGGUUGCCAUCAAGCUUCCACUGGAA